UUAUCAUUCGACUGCUAAGACGUUAACAUACAUUAUGGGUAUUUCCGCGAGACUUUUGCUGCUCACUUUCACAUUGACGGCGGUGGCCAUCGGCACCGCAAACAGCGAACAAUCAGCGCGUAUUGUCUGCUACUUCACUGACUGGUCUAUCAAUCGACCCGGAAUAGGACGUUUUGGGUCCGAAAAUAUUCCAACUGAGCUAUGUACGCAUAUACUCUACUCGUUCAUUGGAGUUAAUGACACCGAUUGGUCUGUACUAGUAAAGAAUAGCGAAGUGGAUAUCAACCAAAAUGGUUUCCGCAAUUUUACUCAACUGAAAGAGAAGAACUCAAGCCUUAAGCUUCUAGUCUCUAUAGGAGGAUGGGGUGAGGAUGGUGGGAAAUUUUCCGGACUCGUUUCACUGGCCGAGCGGCGCCAGAGCUUCAUCCACAGUGUUGUAGAAUUCUUAUAUGAAUACGGUUUCGAUGGUCUAGAUUUGGACUGGGAGUACCCCGGCGCUACGGAUCGUAAUGGAACUGCUGCAGAUAAAGGAAACUUUGUCUAUUUAGUACAGGAAUUGAGAACAGCUUUCGACGCUGAGGGUAAGGGUUGGGAAAUAACUAUAGCUGUUCCCGUGGCUCAAUCAAUACUUGAGGAUGGCUACAACGUACCUGCACUGUGCGAGCUAUUGGAUGCCGUACACACAAUGACCUAUGACCUGCACGGCACUUGGGACGGUUACGCCGAUGUACACAGUCCGCUUUACAAGCGCGAUUACGAAGAUGCAGCGCAUGCAAAACUGAAUGUGCAUGACGAUGUUGCACUAUGGGAGAACUCGGGCUGUCCGGCAAAUAAACUAGUUGUCGGUGUGCCAUUCUAUGGUCGCAGUUUUACACUCAGCGCAUCCAACCAUAACUACUCCCUCGGCACACCCAUAACUGGCGCGGGCAACCCAGGAACUUAUACUGAAGAAGCCGGCGCCCUAGCCUACUACGAAAUAUGUGCCCAGGUGCAAAAUGCCUCCUUGGGAUGGACCGUUGAAUGGGAUGAUCAAGGAAAAGUACCCUACGCGUAUAAGGACACUCAAUGGGUUGGAUACGAAAACGAGGAAUCAGUGCAAAUUAAAAUGGACUUUAUCAAGGAAAAGGGCUAUGCUGGCGCCAUGACAUGGAGCCUUGAUUUGGAUGACUUCCAUGGAUUGUGUGGACAAGAGAGAGCACUUCUACAUAUUUUCUAUAAUAACCUAAACAAUUACACGGUGCCAAAGCCGACAACGUCAGAUUAA